CCAAGAAUAAGUGUUCUGUUUGAAGCCGUUUGCUCUGCCUAUUUUGCAUUUGUUGCAGAUUGCGGGCGGUCAGCUUCCGAGAGUCAGCGUAUUGUUGGAGGGUCCCCGUCAGCCUGGGGACGUUGGCCAUGGGUAGCCAGCCUGCGAUGGGACGGACGCCAUGUUUGCGGAGGAUCCAUCAUUUCAUCGCAAUGGGUGAUGAGCGCGGCUCACUGCUUUGUACUGUCCAACUUCCUUACUGUGGGUCGUUGGAAGGUUCACGUUGGCUUUACAUCUCUCAACCCAUCGACAACUGUCUCCAUCCGCAGCAUCUACUACAAUGGACUCUACAACCCCGAAACCAAUGACUUUGAUGUUGCUCUGAUCAAAACCAGCCAGCCUAUGGCCUUCUCUGAAACUCUUCGUCCGGUGUGUCUGCCGAGGACUCAUCAGGAAUUUGAGGCCAAAGGAAACUGCUGGAUUAGUGGCUGGGGACACGUGAGCGAGGACCCAGGUCAGCUGUCUCCAGUCCUACGAGAGGCCAAGGUCCAUCUGAUCAGCAGAAACAUCUGUAAUCAGUCAUCUCAUUAUCCUGGAAUGAUCAGCGAGAGAAUGUUAUGUGCUGGCUAUCUGGAUGGAAAAGUAGAUUCCUGUCAGGGAGACAGUGGAGGUCCUCUGGUCUGCCAGGAAGGAGGCCUGUGGUGGCAAGUUGGCAUCGUCAGCUGGGGAGAAGGAUGUGGUCGACCCAACCGCCCCGGAGUUUACACUAAUCUCACUGUAUUACUGGACUGGGUCUACCACCGCCUACAGGUGAGUGAUCAGAAGAGUUCAGGAGGGGAGCUCUGUUACUCUAAAAUACAGUUUCUAAUGCUCAGGGUCAACUUCUUAUUAGCAGUAACUUUCAGUAUUUGCUCAUCAUUUUUAAAGUAUUUAAUUUUCCUCCCUUUUGAGUUGGGCCUUUUGUUCCUCCUUCAUAUUCGGCUGGUUGACACGUGUAAUUCAUUAAUGGAGCCCCUAUGCCUACAGAACAAAAAGGGCUUUUGUAUUCACCCAAGCUCAACUGGAACUGCUAGUAACACACUGUGUACUUUACAACAACCUCAGAAAAAGAAACUGUACAUAUAUAUCUAUAACUACCAAGAGGACGUCUCAGUCAUUGUGCAGUAA